AUGUCCGACGAAACCACCACCUACCCCGUUCCCGCCAGACUCCUCGACCCCGCCCAGUGCCCUGAGCCCUAUGUCAAGUCGUAUGAGCAGUACAAGGAGCUGCACCGCCAGAGUAUCGAGAACCCUGAAGAGUUCUUUGGAAAGCUGGCCACCGAGCUUCUCUCCUGGUCCAAGCCCUUUCACACCGUCAAGCACGGCGGUCUCGAGCACGGCGACACUGCCUGGUUCCUCGAGGGUCAAUUGAACGCCUCGUACAACUGUGUCGAUCGCCAUGCUCUGGCCACUCCCGACAAGAUUGCCAUCAUUUACGAGGCAGAUGAGCCCAACCAAUCCGAGAACAUCACAUAUAGCGAACUGCUCCGUCAGGUCUGCCAGCUGGCUGGUGUUCUCCGCGCCCGCGGCAUCCGCAAGGGUGACACCGUUGCCAUCUACAUGCCCAUGAUUCCCGAGGCCGUUGUCGCCUUCUUGGCCUGCGCCCGUAUCGGAGCCCUUCACUCGGUCGUCUUUGCUGGUUUCUCUGCCGAGGCCCUCCGUGAUCGCGUCCAGGAUGCUGCCUGCCGUAUCGUCUUGACCUCUGACCAGGGCAAGCGUGGAGGCAAGACCGUUGAGACCAAGCGCAUUGUCGACGAGGCCCUCAAGUCGUGCCCUUCGGUCGAGUCCGUUAUUGUUUGCCAGCGCACCGGAGCCGAUGUUCCCAUGACCAGCGGCCGUGAUUUCUGGUGGAACGAGGAGGUCACCAAGCGCAUGUCUUACCUCACCCCCGAGCCCAUGAACUCGGAGGAUCCCCUUUUCCUCCUCUAUACCUCCGGCUCCACCGGCUCCCCCAAGGGAGUGCUGCACACCACUGCCGGCUACCUCUUGGGCGCCGCUGCCACCGUCAAGUACGUUUUUGACUACCAUCCUAAUGAUAUCUUUGCCUGCAUGGCCGAUGUCGGCUGGAUCACCGGACACUCUUACAUCGUCUAUGGUCCCCUUACCUUGGGUGCGACCACCGUCCUGUUCGAGUCGAUCCCAACAUACCCCACCCCUAGUCGCUACUGGGAGCUGAUUGCCAAGCACAAGAUUACUCAGUUCUACACUGCUCCCACAGCCAUUCGCGCACUCCGCCGCUUGGGUGAUGAGUGGCUUGAGGGCCACGACUUGUCAAGCCUUCGUAUCCUGGGAACUGUUGGAGAGCCCAUCAACCCAGAGGCAUGGCACUGGUACAACGACAAGGUCGGCAAGGGUCGCUGCGCUAUCGUCGACACUUACUGGCAAACCGAGACUGGAUCACACAUUGUCACGCCUCUCCCUGGUGCCAUUGCCACCAAGCCCGGUUCUGCCACCGUUCCCUUCUUCGGUAUCGAUCUCGCCAUCUUAGAUCCCGUCACCGGCAAGGAGCUCGUUGGCAACGAUGUCACUGGAGUGUUGGCUGUCAAGAAGGCCUGGCCUUCGGUCGCCCGCACUGUCUUUGGCAACCAUCAGCGCUACUUGGAGACUUACUUGAAGCCUUAUCCCGGAUACUACUUCACUGGUGACGGUGCCAGCCGUGACAAGGACGGAUACAUCUGGAUUCGUGGCCGCGUUGAUGAUGUCAUCAACGUUUCGGGACAUCGUCUCUCGACUGCCGAGAUUGAGUCUGCCUUGAUCAUGCACCACUCUGUUGCCGAGACUGCCGUCAUUGGAGCUGCAGAUGAUGUUACCGGCCAGUGCAUUCACGCGUUUGUCUGCUUGAAGCCAGGUCUCAUGCAUCACUCGCACGAUCUCGGCAAGGAGUUGGUCCUCCAGGUUCGCAAGGUCAUUGGACCUUUCGCUGCACCCAAGAAGAUUUACUUGGUUGAGGACCUGCCAAAGACACGUUCAGGCAAGUUGAUGCGCCGCAUUUUGCGCAAGAUCGUUGCCGGUGAAUCCGACUCCCUGGGCGAUAUCUCGACUUUGGCUGAUCCCAGUGUUGUUGAUGUCUUGAUCGCCAAGGUUGCCAAGGCCUAA